UCAUAAAAUCUCAACAGCUAAUAUCCAGUUGCAGAUUGCAAUCUCAAAAGGAAAUGAGAAAACUCUAUAAAUUGAUGCAUGGAGGAAGAAUUUUAAAUCAAUCCUCUGUUAACUUAUUUCUUCUCCAACAAAAGGCAUGGCCAAGGUCCUGAGUUUUCUUCUUUUUACUUUGAUCCUAUCACUCUCUGCAAAAGCUAGAAAUGCUCUUAGAAAUCCAACUUCAUACUCCGCAUUAGGCCAUGAUGAUGCAACUCCACAGGGGUCUAACUUCACAUUUGUUUGUGACCCUUCAAGGUAUGCUAGUCUGGGUUUGGACAUGUCAAAUUUUGCCUUUUGUGACUCUUCCCUCUCCUAUGAUGUGAGGGCUAGGGAUUUGGUGAACCAUAUGACACUACAUGAGAAGGUACGACAGCUUGGAGACCUUGCUUAUGGGGUGCCUAGGUUAGGGCUGCCUAAAUAUGAAUGGUGGUCCGAGGCUCUUCAUGGUGUGUCCAAUGUUGGUCCAGGAACUUUCUUUGAUGAUCUUGUUCCCGGUGCAACUAGCUUCCCCUCAGUAAUCCUCACAACUGCUUCAUUUAACGAAUCUCUGUGGAAAAAUAUUGGUCAGGUUGUUUCAACAGAAGCAAGGGCAAUGUACAACUUAGGUAGGGCAGGAUUGACAUAUUGGAGUCCAACUAUCAAUGUAGUGAGAGAUCCUCGGUGGGGAAGAGCCAUUGAAACACCUGGAGAAGAUGCUUUCGUUGUUGGCACUUAUGCUUCCAAUUACGUGAGAGGCUUGCAGGAUGUGGAGGGGACUGAGAAUUACACAGAUUUGAAUUCCAGACCUCUCAAAGUUUCCUCUUGCUGCAAGCACUUUGCUGCCUAUGAUGUUGACAACUGGAAAGGGGUUGAGCGCUACAGCUUCGAUGCCAGAGUGACAGAACAAGAUAUGGUAGAGACCUUCCUUCGACCUUUCGAGAUGUGUGUCAAAGAUGGGGAUGUAAGCAGUAUCAUGUGCUCUUAUAAUCGGGUUAAUGGAGUGCCAACAUGUGCUGAUCCAAAACUUCUCAACCAAACUAUCAGAGGAGAUUGGAACCUUCAUGGGUAUAUUGUUUCAGAUUGUGAUUCUAUCCAAGUAUUGGUUGAUAACCAUAAAUAUCUUGGUGACACAAAGGAGGAUGCAGUUGCACAAACACUUAGAGCAGGCUUGGAUUUGGACUGCGGCAUUUACUACACCAAUUUCACUCAAAAAUCAGUAGAGCAAGGGAAGGCAAGGGAGGAACACAUAGACAGAUCUCUUACAUAUCUUUACGUGGUGCUUAUGAGGCUAGGCUUCUUCGAUGGAAUCCCUCAAUUCCAAUCUCUUGGCAAGAAGGAUAUAUGUUCUAAGCAACACAUUGAGUUAGCUGCUCAAGCAGCAAGAGAGGGAAUUGUCCUCCUCAAGAAUGAUAACGACACUUUGCCUCUGAGAUCUGAUAAGAUAAAAACACUAGCUGUAGUUGGACCUCAUGCUAAUGCUACGUCAGCUAUGCUUGGAAAUUAUGCAGGUGUUCCGUGCAGAAUUAUUUCUCCAAUUGAUGGGUUUUCAAGACAUGCAGAUGUGGACUACAAAAUUGGCUGUGAUGUUACUUGUAAGAAUGAAAGUUUGAUUUUCCCAGCUACGAAAGCCGCAAAGAAAGCUGGUGCCACCAUAAUAGUAGCAGGUAUAGACUUAUCAGUUGAGGCUGAGAGCUUGGACAGGGAAGAUCUCCUCCUCCCUGGUUAUCAAACUCAGUUUAUCAACCAGGUCGCCAAUGCUGCAAAAGGUCCAGUGAUUCUCGUAAUCAUGUCAGCUGGUGGUAUAGAUAUCUCUUUUGCUAAGAGUAACAGCAAUAUUAAAGCCAUUUUGUGGGCUGGAUACCCUGGACAGGAAGGUGGCCGCGCAAUUGCAGAUGUAGUUUUCGGAAAAUACAAUCCUGGAGGAAAAUUGCCACUGACCUGGCAUGAAGCUGAUUAUGUUGACCAGCUGCCCAUGACAUAUUUGCAGCUCAGACCAGAUGACAUUAACGGAUACCCAGGUCGAACUUAUAGGUUCUUCAAUGGCUCCAUUGUGUAUCCAUUUGGCUAUGGCCUCAGCUACACUAAGUUCAAGUACAAUUUGACAUCUUCAUCCUCGUCAGUUCACAUUAAACUGAACAGACUUCAGCACUGCCGUCCUUUGAUAUACGAUAAGGACAGCUUUAGACCUCCAUGCCCGUCAGUUGUAACAGAUCAUUUGUCGUGUGAUGAUGAUAUUAAGUUUGAAGUUGAAGUAGCAAAUGUAGGGUCUAGAGAUGGGAGUGAAGUUGUGAUGGUGUACUCCAAGCCCCCAGAAGGAAUCGUAGGCGCUCAUAUUAAGCAGGUGAUUGGUUUCAAGAGGUUGUUUGUAAAAGCAGGAAGCCGUAAGAAGGUUAAAUUUAAUCUGAAUUUGUGCAAGAGCUUGCGUCUGAUUGACUAUAGUGCAUAUUCUGUACUGCCUUCAGGAAAGCACACCAUUGUUCUUGGGGAUGAUAUAGUUUCUUUUCCCCUUCAAAUUAGCUUCAACUAAGUUUAGGGAUGUAAAUCAUUAGUAUGUGAUUUUUCUGUUUUUGUAAGUGAAUAAAAAUUAGUGUGAAG